AUGGACUUCCCAGGAGGCGACAUAUCGGCUAUCAAAACAGAUACUUUUGAAGAGUGCUUGAACAGCUGCGACAAGACCCUCGGCUGCAUUGAUGUCUCUUAUGUCGCCCCCUCAUGCUACUUGAAGAGCUCCACAGCAACGCCUGUAGUUGCGCAGAAUGUGUGGGCUGCCAUGGCAGUUGAAUCACCAGCGCCAACAGCUUGCGCCGCCGGGGGCAUUGACUUGUACCCAGUGCGAAACGAGGACGUGGUCGCCACCGCUCUCAGUAUCCUAGAUCCGGCCAUUAAUGCGACCCUGAAUUACGCAGAGAAGUAUCCUGGAACCAAUGCAGUUUCGCUGUACUUGAACAUGCUGUACCCUCAAGUCAGCCUGGAGAACUCGGCGCUACUCGGGACCACUUGCUCAAACACAAGCUUGACAGUCACCGCCAACAGCCAGACGACUUUAGACUAUAUCAUGAACCACUGGCCCUCAUCCGGCCUUGUGUUCUUUACUAACACAGAAGCGUGCAAUACUGAGAAGUCCCGCGGAAUUUACCUGACGACCAGCGCCAUUGCAACCUCUGGAUCACUCGCCAUAGUUUUUGGUGUGGCGCAGAAGAACUUUACGGAUGUGGCUUCUGACGUCACUAUCAAAUAUGGCACCAUCACCUAUGAUGCUGAUGAUAUCGCUGUGGACGACCCUCAGUACACUUCCACCUGCGCUGAGACGGGAACACUCACGGCGGCACCCACAGCAACUACCACAUCCUCCAGUGGGUCGGCCACUGUUUUAGAUGCAGGGGCUCAAAAGUUUUACGAUCUGCUUGCGGCUGCAGUGCAAUACAACGACGACGGGAAUAUCAUUGGGCACCCUUCAAACACGCAGAACGUCACUGUUGACGUUAGCCCUUACGAUCCAACCAACACAACGGAGCAAGCUGCGCUGGAGGACUUGUUGGAAGCUAUGGGCUUGGACUCUCCUGAGUCUCUCGCCAGCCAAGCGUCUAAUGGUGCGAAGGGUGUCUGUUAUGCGCCUACCAAGACAUCGGGCGCUUCCGCGGUGUCUCGACGGUCGAACUCCAAGAAUCUCUCAAAGCGUCUGUCAUGGGAUGAUAUCACUGAAUAUGCCUGUGAUGACACUAUUGAUGACUUGGUUGGGAUUGUUACCGAUGCUCUUGGAGACGCUUGCGCGGUCAAUAAUGCCGUUGAAAACGCGGGGGCUUUGGGAUGCAUCCUGAAGGGCGGUUGCUACACAACGACUACGAUCAUCACGUACUACACUCCACCUCCUGCAAUGGACUACACCUUUGACUACUCGUGGAACGUUGGGUUUGGCCCAAUCCAACAGGAUGUUGUCUACGGUGGUGCUGGCAAACGAGUUUCGUGUGUGAAUUGUGGCUUCUCGAUCUCGAAUUUGGAAUUUUCCGGAGAGAUUGUCAUCAACAUGACGUCCGGUAUCAUCAAGCAAGCAGAUAUCACAACUGGUAUUAGUGGUGUUGCUAAUAUGGUCGCUGGUCUCAAGUCCGAUGGGGCCUGGAACGGAAAUUGGAGCUACACGUACUCAACAACCAACUUGGGCUCAAUUUCCAUUGAUAGUGCCUUCAACAUUGUGUAA